AUGGCUUCACUCGCAGAGAAGCAGCCUGCAGCGGCCGACGCCCACGAUGAGACCCGAGAGACAUCCCGCGAAGGCCCGUGGAUUCGCUUCAUGACGGCCCUUCACUGGUACUCCCGCGACACGCCCAGCGAGGAGAAGAAGCUCGUCCUCCGACUGGACUUGUUGAUCCUCAUCUUUGGCUGCUUGUGCUUCUUUACAAAGUACCUCGACCAGUCGUCCCUCACAAACGCCUACGUCAGCGGCAUGAAGGAGGACCUCAACCUCCACGGCAACGAGCUCAACUACAUGACCAUCGUCUUCUGGUCGUCGUACUGCACGUCCAUGAUCCCGGCGUGCUACUACCUGACCCGCUACCCGAUCAACGUGGUGCUGCCGAUCCUCGAGAUCGGCUGGGGCCUGUCGACCUUUGGCCUCGCAUGGGCGCAGAACGUCGAGACCAUCUACGCCAUGCGCUUCUUCACCGGCCUCUUCGAGUCCUCGUCCUUCACCGGCAUCAUCUACGUCAUCGGCUCCUGGUACAAGCCGUCCGAGGUCGGCCGCCGCGUCGCCCUCUUCUACAUCGCCGCGCCCCUCGGCACCAUGUUCGCGGGCUACCUCCAGGUCUCGGCCCUGAACCUGCACAACGUCCACGGGCUGGCCGGGUGGCGCUGGCUCUUCAUCGUCGACGCCAUCAUCACGAUCCCCAUCGCCCUCAUCGGCUUCUUCGUCUUCCCGGACGUGCCCUCGCGCGCGCGGCCGAGGCUGCUGACGGCGCACCUGCACGCCUUCGCGCGCAAGCGCCUCGAGGGCCUCACGGCGCCGCCGCAGCUCAGGGUGUCGCGCGACAUCUUCCGCCGCGUCUUCACCCGCUGGCACUGGUACCUCUUCGUCGCGCAGUGGACCAUCAUGAACGAGAACCUGCAGCCCAGCGGCUCGCCCUUCUCGCUGUACCUCAAGGCGUUCCCCGAGACGUACACGGUGACGCGCGUCAACACCCUGCCGACGGUGGCGACGGCCAUCUCCAUCGUCUCGGCCUUUGCGGCGGGCGCUCUCGCCGACCGCACCGGCUGGUUCGCCGGCCUGUCCGCGGCCGCCACCGUGCCCUCGCUCGUCGGCGUCGUCAUGCUCGUCGUCUGGAACGUCGGCGAGGGCGGCCGCCUGGCGGCCUUCAUGCUCAACGGCUUCGAGGGCGCCGUCCCCUCGCUGACCAUGGCCUGGGCGACCGUGACCAUGGCGGGCGACGCCGAGGAGCGCGCCAUCGUGACCGCCUCGAUGAACGCCAUCGGCCAGGCCAUCGUCGCCUGGGCGCAGCUGCUGCAGUUCCCGGCCGUCGACGCGCCGCACUUCACCCGCGGCUUCAGGAGCGUCGUGGGGACCAUGGUCGUGCAGUUCUUCAUCACCGGCGCCAUCUGGUUCUUCGUGAGGAGGGACCGCAGGGCCAAGCAGCGGGCGGAGGAUGACGCCGUCGAGCAGAUCCAGGUGCAAGGAAAGCAGGAGGGUGUCUGA